AUAUAUAAGAAUAAAUAAAAUUAAAAAUAAAUAAAUUUAUGAGAUGGGAAAAAGGCAAAGUAAAUUGAUAACUCAUAAUCUUAUCUCUGUAAUAUCAGAACAAUGUUUGCUCAAAACAUAUUUAAAAUAUAUAGUAGCAUCACUUAUGAGCUACAAAAAAUAUUUAAAUCUCUAAUACCUUGCUAAUGAUUCCUCUUCAUUAGUUGUAGCUGCUUACAAUAAGGACAUAAAACAAAAAGUAGCAUUAAGAGUGUGUUUUAGCUCUCUGAACUGCAUUUCUGAGUUUACCCCUGAAAAAUCAAAGAGCUAAUGUUUCAGUACUUUAGAAGUAGCAGAAAACAGCAUACUCAUUUGUAAAUUUCCUCUCAUAAAGUAGAGACAAUUAUUUAAAAUUACACAAAAGACUAAAUUUUACGUUGAGGAAAUGAUAUAUGAUAAAUACAUUGAAUGUCUAAAAUCUAGGUGUUUUCAAGAAACAUAAACACUUCUAAUGUUCAAAGAAAAUCAUCACUUAGUUCUUACUUUAGAAGGAUAAUUUAAAUGGAACUAAAUAGGAUCAAAAGAGUUUUAAGAAUUGGGAUUAGAAAUAUCUAAAUGCAUACAUUUGCAAAAAUUAAGAUUAGAUCUAUACAACAACUCAAUAUCGGCUUUAGAUAUAAAAUGUUUCUCAGAAAAUCUAGCAAAAUGCAUCAUGUUGAAAUAAAUAACAUUACUAUUAGGUGCAAAUACUGUAUAAAGUUAAGGAACCCAUGCUUUAGCCUAUUUUUUAGCUUAAUUACCUAAUCUGACAAAAUUAAAUCUUGAACUAGCAAAUAAUAAUAUAGAGGAUAUUGGAUUGCUGAAAUUAGGCGAGUAAUUACAAAAAUGUAAAAAUCUGGAAUAUCUAAGUUUAUUUUUAGGCUGGAAUAAAAUAGAAUAAGAAGCUUUUAGCUAAUUUGGAUAAAGAAUAUCGUAAUGCAAAAACUUAAUUAAUUUGACAAUACAUAUGAAUGCAAAUUCAAUUGGGGAUAAGGGCAUGAUUUUCUUUUUGUACGCUAUUUAAAAAUUAAAAAAGCUUAUAUUUUUGGAGAUUAACAUAAUGCUGAAUUUAUAGGUGUUUUCUCUUUUUUAAUAAGCCCAAUUUAUUUUGUAAAAAAUGGAUAGUCUUAUUAAAUUUUAAAUCUUUUAAUGAAUGAGUGUCAAAGCUGAGAGCUGAGGAAAUUACAGACAUUCGCAUUAAAAAAAUAGGUAGUAUAAUCAAAUUAUAUAAACAAAUUUUAGACACCUAAAUAAAAUAUAAAAAAUUUACUAAAAAAUAAAAACAAACUCUUAUCUUAUAUAUUUAUAAAUAUUUAUUUUGUAUAUAUUUUUUUCAUACUUUUGUAUUGUAAUCAUUUUCCCAAGGUACUAAAUCUAUGUCAUUUUUCUUUUUUUACUUAUUUCCCACGCUUAUAUAUCUCUUCGCUUACUAGCACUAGUUGAUGACAGAAGAACUAAAUUAGCUAAAGUUUUAAAGAUUAUAGCUGCUUGUCAUAUUUUGCUGUUUUUUAGAAUUCUAAGUAGAUGAAGUGUUGUCGUUGUCUAAGUCUUAAAUGUGUUCUUAUUGCAUCUAUGAAAAAUCAUUUAAAUUGCAAAUAUUUAGGAAAUCAGUGCAAGACUAGUUUAAAAGGUUUUCUGUAUAGAUUUUUGAGAAUUUAUUUUCUUCAUUUACUGUAGCUGAUUAGCUGUAAUAUUUUUCGUAUUGAUUUGUUGAAUUACUCUGUGAGGUGUUGCUUAUCUCGUUUGCUCUUAUUAUUUUAAGUUGUUUGUUUCUCUUGAUAGGAGUAUGAGUAUUUGUGUGGAAAGAACGAUUUUUACCAGUCUAAUUUUCAAUUUUCUCAUUUUCGAUUUGCUAAAGCUUAAGCCCAUACUUUUUGUUGUAAUAUUUUUUCAUAUGAUUGAAAUCUGGGGAAUCAUUUUCAUUGUCAUCAUCUGCGUCGUAUAUUCUUUUUUUUGGCUAAGUAUUUUGCAAUGAAGGAUUAAAUGACUUGAGCAUUCCCUCAACUUCAUAAUUUUCAAGAAGGCUAUUGUAGAGUACAUUGCUAAUGUUGCAAAGUUCUUUUUUCUGUUUAUUUAAUUUGUGAAAUGCAAAUUUUCCUCUCAUAAAUGUAUUGUAGUUUUACAUUCGCUUGUACAGAUUAUUUCUGUUUUCAUCAUUUAUUCUAUUUCCUCUCUAGUCAAAUUUUAAGCCAUUUUCAUUAUCUAUAGAUCUAUUCAACUGCUUACUGUAGGAUUUUCCUUUGUAAGAUUUAUUUGGAGUGAUACAUAAAGAUGAAAUAUUUUAAUUUAUGCUUUUUUUAUUAUUAUCAACUCCGCCCAUUGAAAAAGCUGGUUUUUCUACACUACCAGAAAAUCCAUGAGUAUGUGUGUUAUUCAUAAACUAAUUUGAUGUUUUACUCAUCAUAUUAUUUUGAGAUAUUGGCUUAAAAGGUAAAGAAGAAUCAUUCAAGAUACAAGAAUUCUUCUUUCUACUUAGGAAAUUGCAAUUAGUUUAAUUAGGCUAAUAAACACUUAAAUUGUUAAGAUAAUCUUCAUCCUGAUAAACAUGAGGUUGUGUCUUUAAAACUAACACACAAUCAUUUUCAGAAUUAAUUGCUAACUUACUUUUAAUAGAUUCUAUUGCUUAUUUACUCUUUUGCUUAACUUCUUCUUCAGACAUUUUCAAUAGCUUUACAAAAUUGUUAUUUCCACUAGCAUUUUAAAUCUAACUUCCCUUCUUAGAGCUGCUUGUAUUUGUUCCUCUCAUCGCGGAUUAGUGGCUCCUCAUUCUCAAUUUUUUGAUUUUUUCCUAAGUCUCAGAUUGAUUUUUUCCUGCUCUGAAUGAAUUUUAGCCCACUGUAGACUUCUAGUUUGUAGAGUAAGACAUUUACUUAGAACAAUCUUAAAAGCAAUUAUUUAUGUCAAUAACACUAGCAGAAAGAGUAUUACUAUUAUUAUUUAGAUUAUUUUAAUCAUCUUCAGGAAUUUAAGUAACAAUAUUGUAAUGUGGCAUUUCUUAUGAGUAUGUUGACAUAUGAACUGCUGUAUCAUUUUUUUAGGUGUAGUUAGUAGUGUUAGUGUUACUGCUACUGCUGGUUUAUGGUCUACUAUCGAAAUGGUGAAUCAAAUUAUAUGAAUUCAUGCCUUCAUUAUCUUCUUGACUUGUAUAAUUAUUAGGGACAAAAGGUGUUAUGCUUAUUUAAUUUUCAUCUUCCAUACUUUUUAAAAUUUAAGAUUAAGUAAGAAAAUUGUUUUCAGUCACAGCUAAAUCUUAUUAUGUAUUCAUAAUUCUUUAUUCAGUAUUUUAGUUGCUAUUAGAUUUUUGAGCGCUUUAGCUGUAUAUAGUUUAAUUGGUAGCAUUUUUAUUAUUUUGUAAAAUCCUUUUUUAUGCCAAAAAUCCAUGCUAAUUAGGAAUAUUUAUUCCUUGUAUUAGUGUGAAUGGAGAUUAAUUUGCUGAUUUUUUUUUAGAAAAGUUGACUUUUGUCGCUAUUUGAGACUGCAUAGUGUUCAUAUAAAGUUACUAUUGCUUGCUUUUGCAUAGCUAAUCAAUCUCACAAAUCUAUUGAAUCAAGUUUAUGUUCUCUGCAUUUCUCUUUUUGUCUGCACUUUUUAAUACCCUCAUUUCUACUUUUUAUAAUUUUAAUAAAGAAAUUAGUUUUUAUUUGCAUAGAGCUGUUAUGGAUUUUCACUUACA